GUGCGGUAUUACGAAUAAAAAUACGUGUACGUUGCUGAGAAAUUAAUCUCGUCCGAAGGUAAGCACGCACUGGAAGUCUGGGGCCACGCUGUACCGUCCGCGCUCGUCUUCUCCACAAUUCCCUCGCACGCCAUGUUUAGUCCCUUGGGGGGAUGAAGGCCAGAAGAAAGAAGACGUGUUGAGGACGAAGAAGAAGGAACCUCUGCACGUUAGGAGAAAUGUGUUAGGCGUGGCGGAAUAUAGUCGAUGUGAGCUAGUCCUUUGGACCAUCGAAGCCAUGAAGAAAUUGGUGGCAAUGGCCGCGUCUCUCUUAUUCGUCACCAUCGGCCUGGUCGGAAUCAUGUAUUACAUUUAUUUUGUGGAGAAUGAGCCCGAAACAGCAGUGACUUGGACUGCGAAGGCGACAAAGGUUCGAAGGGCACAUGAAGGGAAUCCGGGUCUUGUAUCACCCUCAUACCCGGGCACCCAGCAUAGCCCGAGACACGAACCAUCGUCUACUUUUUCCGAAAACUUCAGAAAAACAAGCUCUCCAUUGACACUCCAAACCGAAACGGAAUAUUUAAAUGAGACGACAUACGUGGACCAAACGUUCUGGGUGCCAGGCUCCACGACAGGUGCAAGAUCGAUGUCACGUCCAACUAUCAAGUCGAGAGAACUGUCUCACGACGCAACAAUCGACAAGAACCAAAGUAACGCUGUUACGUCGACUGGAAGUAAAACUAUAGAGGUGACAAGUCCGAACGCAACGUACGUCCAGGAUAUUGAUAACUUCACCGAUAAUGCGUUGCCGCGGAACAGCAGAAUGUUGAAUUAUGUGCCUGGUACAAACGUUUUCGUCAAACACUGGUCGCAUAAAAACACUACAGCUGCAGGGCGGACAAAGCAACACGGUUUCACAGCAGACAUUACAGGGAUAAAGUUCAAAGCCUACUCUCUUAACGCGAGUAACUUGGACGCGCUAAUGCGAAACAAAAGCAACGCGAGGGAGGACACUGAAAAAGUGGUCGCGAACAUAUCUGGUUAUCCCGAACACCUGUUGGGAAGCCGUCGAAAAAUUACCUUGAAGCAUUACUUCAUCACUAUUACUAAUGGCCCGACAAACGGGAACUCGGGAGAGGCUUCGACCGAGGACAUCAAAGAAGUUGAUAUAGCCACAUACACAGAGAGAUCUAUCCAGGCAGGAGAUUUAUUUAGCACCGCAAUUACUACCACCAACCGUGACGUUCUUACAACCACGAAGCGUACUGGAGGCGCGGCGUACAGGACUUCCGAGGACGUCCAGGGUGACACUGUGGAAGACACUGGAACGUUGGAGGCUGAUACAAGUCACGUUCUCAGGACUGUAAGGCACGAUGAUUUCUCCGAUACAACCAACACCGCUACAGAGGAAAUUGACACGACCGUGGUUGCCAAGAGUAGCAGCACGUCCUCUGACAAGGCUCAAGAUCCCUUGCACGGGACAAGCAGUCAGAUUAACCAGAAUGUUCUCACGACUGCAGAUUCUGAAAAAAACACAUUUGAGGGUGCAACAUUCUGGGUACCCGAAGACCUGACGGACACGUUGACAAAGGGUGCUGGGAUGGCAAUGAGCACCAACACGACAUCUGUGAAGGCUGACUACCUCUCGGGUAUUAGCAGUAGUCCAAUGGACCGAAACGUUCUCACUCCUGGAGAUCAAGAAAAAAGUAUGCCUGUCGAGGUGACUACCUUGGUGAUGGAAGAAGCUGCCCCAAAUAGAAGCAAGAAGACUACAACUACGGAGUUUAUCGAAAGGGCCCGGCGGGCGCAAGACGGCACCGUUGACAUCCGGCAUAUUACGUCCCAGUGGACCUCUAGUACCCCAAGAGCAGGAAAGGUUAUGGUGAGCAGCUCCGUUGGAGCUACAACGACAGAACACAAGAGCACACCGUCAGGACUGCCUGUCUUGGCCACUACAGGUGCAGAGACCUCGCCUCCGCAGGAGCGCCUCUUACUGUGCACCCUGGGCGGCAAGAUCCCCGAAGCACAUUUCCCGAAAGAUGGUCUCUGUGACUUUCUCUUUUACACGCACGUGUUUCUCGACCUCAGUCGUCUCGAUGUAGUUUCGACAUCGGAUGACGAUUCGUUUACUCACUUCAAGAGGAUGGCCGCCAGGAGGGGAAAACGCACGUCUUUCGCUUUCUCUUUCCAUAUCGACUUUGUCAUGAAUGUGGCUCUAAACAGUGGCAAUUUCUCCCGUUCGGAAUAUAUCACGCACCACGGGAUCCUCAACGUCAUCGGUGACUCCAAUCAGAUUGACCGUUAUGUCGACAACAUCCGAACCGUACUGCCGGUCUUGAGGAAUCUCCAGAAGCAGCCCAAAAACCCUGUGGCCAUCGCUGUAGGAGUCCUCAAAAAGGUUGACUUGCCUCAACUGCCAAGACUCAUCAAGGACAUCGUGAAGGCAGGAGCUGACAUAGUGGUCGUCAGAACACACGUUUCCCACUGGAAUGUAAACGAGAGCAUGGCCACUGUAGGCGCGACCAGUUGGAAAAAUUCUUGGAUGGCCGAACACCCUUCCAUGCUGGACACUCUAGAGCUACUAGUCAGUCUGGUUCCCAUUCCAGCUGUACUGAUGAUGUCUUUCACAAUGGGGGUGGCCUUGUUUGAGAUGCCUCCUAGUUGGAAAAAUGAAACCAGCAGGAACGUAGUACACUACAAACCAACCAGUUUUGCACUUGUCAGUUACAGUCAGGUGUGCACCACACCAUUUAGCAAAACGCAAGUGCUGUACCCUGAAGAAUUUGUUGUUAGUGGGAACCGAUACACCCACGAGCAGUACAUAUAUGACACUGAAAAAACGAUUUCUCAAAAACUUGUAUACGCUGAUCACACAUUGUCCGCGCACUAUGUGUCGCCCAACAAAUUGAGCUGGGCAGUCUUCAACACAGAGCUGGAAGACUACCAGGGUGCAUGUGGGCCAAACACUGAUUUUCAACGUCUCCGCCGUCUCCGAUACGAGCUUGGUUGACUGACCUCUGAUUACACGUUUUUGAAAAUACAAUAAUAAAUGGUAUAUUUUAGAAAGGGCUGAAUGUGGCAUUGAAGGUACGAAUAACUAAAACUGGGAUAACGAGAGAAGGGCCUGAGCUUCUACUAUGCAGGCACCAUGGGGUACAUGUUUGCCAUGAACAGUGACAUGAUUUUGGCUACCUGUGUGACUGGGAUUGGGGGGACAACUAAGCA